CAACACGACAACACAGUAUCUCCAUUAUAUCUGGACCCGAUGUGUAUCACAUUAGUCAGAGACUGCCAGUAACAAGAUAAAAGGGGUGUGAUAGCUCAACGAGUUCGAAUCCAGGGAGGUUCAGUUCGUUACUAUCACGCGCUAGUAUGGAGCCAAAAACUGUGGAUCCUAAGAACUCGCUCUACAAAGACAACUCGACGCCUGAUGCCCGGAAAAGUUUUGUUCCUUCUUACCAAGACCAUCUCGAUGGGAAGUAUUUCCCAGGCGAGCCAAACAAAAGAUCUGGGAUCUGUGGCACAAGCUUACUGGUUUAUCUGAGUCAUUUCUUGACUGCAUGGGGCGAUCGUAUGUGGAUCUUUGCUGUUGGUAUAUUUAUGGUGCACAUCACACCGGACUCGCUUCAACUAACAGCUAUUUAUGGGCUGACCAUGGGAACAACUGUACUGCUUGGAGGACCGCUCAUUGGUGACUGGGUAGAUAACUCCACAAGAAUUAGAGCUGCUAGACUCUCCAUAGUACUACAAAACGUACUAGUCAUCCUGUGUGCCGCUGUCAUCUACUGUUUCCUUAUGUUCAAGGAGGAACUCCUGGACAUUGGAGAGUGGACACGCUACGUGGCCUACACUCUCAUCAUCGUGCUGGCUUCAGCGGCCAAUCUGGCCACCAUCGCCAACAACAUCGCAGUUGAAAAGGACUGGAUUGUGGAGAUCUGUGAACGAAAUGAGGAGAAGCUAGCCACCAUGACUGCCACAAUGCGAGCUAUUGAUCUCAGCACCCAGAUUCUGGCCCCUAUAGUCACUGGGCAAGUGAUGGACUGGUCUGUCGAAAAUGGUGCCAUCUUUUUGUCAGCGUGGAACCUGGUUUCGUGUGUUGUGGAGUAUUUCCUUCUGUGGCAGGUCUACACUAAAGUGCCAGCCUUGAUGAAGACAAAAGAUGUUAGCAGGGCAAAAACUGCAGACGACUCUUCAAAGAUUUCAAAAGUUAAAAGAACUCUGUCCAAAGAUGAAUUGGAAACAAAUUUAGAUGAGACAGACGCCAGAGUUUCUGAUCGUCUGCUGGGCAGGAAGAACAACAAAAAGUCAUGCUCAGAGAAAUGUCGUCUGUUCUCUGGGUUCACCAUCAUUGUGUACGGGUGGAAAACCUACGCUAGCUAUCAAGUCAUGCUGACUGGUAUUUCUUUAGCAUUUCUGUACAUGACUGUACUUGGCUUUGAUAACAUCACUGUAGGUUAUGCUAAAAUUCAAGGCAUGAGUGAGGCUAUCGUUGGUAUCUGCAUGGGAGCGGCAGGUUUAUUGGGUAUUGUUGGCUCCUUCAUGUACCCUAGCGUACGCCGAUGGGUGGGGCUGCCCAGGACUGGGAUGAUAGCCCUAACGUUAGAAUGGAUCUUUCUGUCAGCCUGCGUGGUGUCAGUUUGGCUUCCUGGCAGUUCGUUUGAUCUGGAGAAUCCAGACAAGCUUGAGAAACUGAACUGCACUAACCUAACCGCCAUAGUUCCAGCAGACAACAUCACCACUAACCAACCUUUCGACACCAUAACAACGGAACCAUUGAGCAUCUUUGCCUGUCCAGACAAGGAGGUCUCCAUUAUCUCAGUCAGUGUCCUGAUGGGCGGCAUCGUGGCCUCCAGAGUCGGUCUGUGGAUGGCUGACUUGGCCAUCACUCAGAUGUUUAUGGAGACUGUGGUCGAGAACGAAAGAGGCAUUGUCAAUGGGGUCCAGAACUCUCUCAAUCAGCUGCUGGACAUCAUCAAGUCAGCACUAGUCAUCGCUUUGCCUCUGGCGCCUCAGUUCGGACUUUUGAUUAUCCUGUCCUUCGCGUUUGUUUAUGCUGGCUGGAUACUGUACAUUAUAUUCUUAUGCCGAGCGCCACGUGACCUCUUCAAGAGAGGUCGUCUUGACAACGGAUAUGAAGUCAUGCCAUAAAUAACUUCAUGCAACAGAACUUUGCGGUAAAUAUGGGUCAGUGCUGAUUAUAAACUUUAUAACGGGAGCAUUUAUUUUUAUUUUUAUUUUAUUUUAUAUUAGUACAUCCGAAAAUCUUUUUGGUUAUAUUUUUUUAAUAUUGUAGAAAAUAUUCAUUUAUUUAAGCUUUUCAAUUUGUAUACAUCAAUAUCUACGACAAUGUGAAAUAAUGCAUGUGUUAUGAAGAUAUUGUUUGAAAAUGAACUGUUUACAUUUCAUUGACAAAAUAUUGGUACGUCGAUGUUUCAUUUGUUAAUCGUACUAACGAUGUUUCAUCUGUUCCUCAUCCUUAUGAUUUAUAUGUUUAUAGUUCUGGUGAUGUUUCAUCUAAUCAUCAUACUCAUGGUGUCUUAUACGUUUAUCGCACUGAAGAUGUUUCAUCUGUUUAUCAUAUUGAUGAUGUUCGAUCUAUUUAUAAUUCUGAGGAUGUUUCAUCUGUUUAUAGUAUUGAUGACGUUUCAUUAAUUGUUUUUUUCGCUUCGAAAAACUGACAUUACUUUAUUUUUUUUGUUCUAAAAUAAGUUACAGUAUUUGAAUGUAAAUAUUUGAUGUGCUUCGCUUAUUGAUUUAUUUUAAUAACACAUGUAUAACAUCUAAUUGAGCAUCUUUUAAUCUUGCAGAUUAGAAUUAAUGUUUAUGUAAUAUGAAACGAACUGAAUAUUAAAUAUUGAAGAAGACUUGAA